AAGUGUGCAGAAGUAAGAGCAAAAGACCAUCCCGACCAAAAAACAACCUGCUGACUCCGUACACAGCAGAAUCCGUACCACACCACCAGACAGACAACCAAGAGCAUUAGACUACAAAAGUACAUAAACGCUGCUACUCUGCAUCAGUUGCAAAUCAUCCAACUCCUGAACCUUCCCCCAUCAGGUUCCUCUCUCCUCGUCAUCUCCAAUCCAACCCGUCUCACCUUGCACCACUCUUCACACCCGAGUUGGAAAUAAGUUACCAUGAAAGUUUCUGGUGUGCCAAUUGACAGUUUCUGAGACUUUUCACACUUUGUAUUCAUUUGAGACAAAGACGCUCUAGUCCGACGAGAUAUAAGAAAGAAAUAAUCAACUGAAUUCGCCGUAAUCUGGAGAAAGGCGUCAAAAUAGCUCUUAAACGACAAAAGUUUCUCUGCAACUACUUAAGAAUGGAGUUGACGACACGAAAUUGUGAGUCCAAACCAGGAUCACCCUCUUCCUCCAACAACUCGCCCCCUCCCACUCAUCCCUACUCCAUCUCCAGAAUUCACUCAAACUCCCAUUCCACCAGAACCUCAACCCCCAUGCCCAUUUCACUCACCACCAACAAUUCCUCCCCCAACGGCCACAACCUCUCCAUGCACAACACACUCAACCAUAAUGACGGCUCACGGUCACCCACUAAUUACAUCCAACAAGGCUACGGCUCCCCAACAGGACGAAGGAGCAGCACUGGACUCACGUGCGUCGUUUGUGGGGACACUUCAAGCGGAAAGCACUACGGGAUUUUGGCGUGCAACGGGUGCAGUGGGUUCUUCAAACGAAGCGUUCGCCGAAAAUUGAUUUACAGAUGUCAAGCUGGGACGGGUACUUGCGUAGUGGACAAGGCUCAUCGGAACCAGUGUCAGGCGUGUCGUCUCAAGAAAUGUCUGAACAUGGGAAUGAACAGAGAUGGAAUAAGAUCGGAGGCUGCAUCUCUAAAUCAGAAUCAGAUUGAGAGGUUAAAGUCAGAGGUGAAGGUAAUUAAGGGCUCCGCAAAGAAAUCCAUUUUAGAGAAACUAGACUCGAGAUAUUCAUUUGAUUGGAUGCAAACGCAAAUUGAGUCCGAAAGAGCUAAAGGCAAACAAACGAGUUCGAGAAAGAAGCAGGGAUCCAAAUUAUCCGCAAAUCACGAUCACGUCUCGCGUCCUUGGAUAUGCCCGCGAGCGGUUCAAAACGAGCGUCAGCCCAGAAACACUGCAACUCUGAGGCCAGAAUCUUUAUGCGAGAUGGAUCAAGAACGAGCACUUCGAGAGGCAGCUGUCGCAGUUGGAGUUUUUGGCCCAUUGCUGGCACCAAGAGGUCCAGGAACCCUUCACAAUUCAAUCACCGGAGGGGGCCAUGCUACAUAUGUGCAGAAUCAUCACCAACACCAACCUCCCCACACUUCUCCCCCCAACGUUCCCCAAUCCUCCGACAGCAAUGGGCUCAGAGACAAUGACGACGACGAUAGCAUUGAUGUUACGAGUGACGAUAACACCCCGAGUCGCAAAACACCUCCAAUCUUGGUCAACACGAAUGGGAAUGGAACACACCUCUCAUCCAAUUCCACAACUUCCGGAUUUUCUGGCAGCAUUGUGACCAGCACGAAUAACUCUCUUCCCAACGGGGUGGAAAUUCCUACGAUUUACAAUCCUGCUCAUGAGACAAUCUACGAAACCUCCGCACGACUUUUAUUCAUGGCCGUGAAGUGGGCAAAGAACCUCCCGUCUUUUGGAACGCUUCCCUUCCGUGACCAGGUCAUUUUAUUGGAGGAAGCCUGGGCUGAUUUGUUUCUCUUGAAUGCAAUCCAAUGGUGUAUGCCAGGGGAUUCUGUUCCAUUAUUCUCAGCUUCCGAUCAUUUGUCUCAUCUUCCUGGAGGAAAAGCCGUGCAGAUUGCCGGAGAUUUGCGUACUUUGAACGAAGCUUUGUCUAGAUUUAGAGCAAUUGGAGUUGACCCAGCAGAGUUUGCUUGUCUCAAAGCCAUCGCCCUGUUCCGAAGUGGUGAACUAUACACCCGAGGGCUCAAGGAUCCACUCCAAGUGGAAAAUUUACAAGAUCAAGCACAAGUUAUGCUUUGCCAACAUUCACGAGGCCAAUACCCGGGCCAGCCAGCUAGGUUCGGACGACUUCUCCUGAUGUUGCCCCUCCUUCGACAAGUUCCUGCCCAGAGGAUCGAGCUCCUCUUCUUCCAGAGGACCAUCGGUUCCACGCCCAUGGAAAAAGUCCUCACCGAUAUGUACAGAAACUGAGAUGAGACGAUGACGAGUCGCGGAUUCCUUCGCUCUCUUUCCCUUUCCCAAUCAAUUUCUUGAUGCUUUUUCGUAAUUUAUAACUUAUAGUCACCUUUUCUAGUCUUCAAUUUCCAGGAGGGACAAGACACUGUAAGGACUAUGCAAAUGUGCAGUUGUAUAACUUCAGUCUAGUCAAGUAUUCUGGUCUACAGAGUUGUAAUGGCACUUUACCGACAACAACCACUUAAUCAUGAAAAGCAUAGCAAUUACCAUUGCUAGUACUUACAUAAACGUAACUAUUAGUGCAUUUCAACGUCUCCUCUCGCUCUAUAUAUGCAAUUAUGUAUCUAAACCACCCAUUCGGGUUCCUAUGUAUUCAUGCAAUUGUAAAUGUGAAAAUGUAAUAAAUAUGUAUGUACACAAGUCAGACGCUGAAUAAAUAUUGCUCUCA